AUGGCGGGAAGGCCCAACAAAGAAGCCUUUUACAAAUCCCUCGUGUGGCUCAACAAAAACCACCCUCUAACCUUGGCCUUGAAUCUCAAGGUUUUUGUGGAAUUGGGUUGGUUCAAAGAUCUAUUGGAGAUUCUUUAUAGGGUUUUGCAGAUACCCAUAGAUGAAGCAAAAAAGGAGGAGGAAGAGAGACAAAAACUUAGGAAUAGCUAUUGCAAUUGGCCCCGCUAUUGGUCCUGCGAUUGGUGCAUAGAUGAAGCAAAGGAAAAGGAGGAGAAAGAGAAGGAAGAGAUCAAACCAGUCACAGAUGUCAGAGAAGUUCGCAUUGCAAGAGCGAAGAGCGCCGUUGAUAGGUACCAAAACGACCCAGAAUAUCGGUUGUUGCACGAUAUUGUAUCCGAGGUGUUUGUGGAAAAACUGACAUCAGAUUUAUUGUCUUUGGAGUCUGGUGAGAUUGAAAAAAUCAGCUCUGUUUCCAAAUUAUGUCCUUCGAUUGAUUCGUCUUACGACACAGAAACUUUGAUAUGGUUCGUGAUCGAUUGA